GGGUGCAGGCCUAAUACAAACCUUACAAUUAGCUGAUUUUGCGAAUACCAAUCGCCCGGUGGCUAAUUUCAUAGGAAUCAAUACUUCCAGGAGCACUUUAGGACUGCUACCGAGGAGUUACCUGACUCGGUUGACGGGCAGACAUCCCAGGAUUUACAUGUGGGGCCCUCCCUCUUCUGGGGUGAGGUACUACGAUGCUCUUGGCGUCAAGUCAAACCCCCAGAAGUGAGAGCCUCUCCUUUAGUCCCUCCUCGUUGGUGGGGAGACUCCAAGUACUGCUAUUCCAUCCUAUAAUCCCCAGAGCACGAUAGGGUUGAAUGCUCCAGAUGAACAUCCGAUUUCACAGGCACACCUACACACACGCGGUAUUUGCUAUUCUGUGGGAUAUUCCAGCGUAGAGGUGAAUCAAGUUUUCGCAGAGUGAAACAGGGGAGUGGCUAGUAAUUGACCUACGCAGACAGACUUCGACGUUUGAUUUCUACGUCUCUGCAAAGUUGAAGAUUUUAUUUAGUUAUUUUCUACAACUCCAUCCAUCAACGAGUCUUCAAUGCUCCGAUAAUCUCCGAACAACGGAACGAAGCACGAGUUAAAUAUUCUGCUGAACAUUGACCUUGUGAUGAUUACUACGAUUUUGAUAAGUGAAGUUAUUUAAAGUGUAAUAUUGGAGUGGAUUUGGAAGAUAAUGCCGGUCAAAGUAGAUGUGGUACCGCCACCACCAGCCAAUUCAAAACAACCGGGGGUCACUAAGUCACUGUUGUACAAUGGAUCGAGAUUCCAGGGAUCUCAAAAGUCCAAGGGGAAUAGCUACGAUGUAGAAGUGGUUUUGCAGCAUGUGGAUGAGGAAAAUAGUUAUCUCUGCGGUUAUUUAAAAAUAAAAGGCCUCACCGAGGAAUUUCCCACAUUAACAACGUUUUUUGAUGGUGAGAUUAUAUCGAAGAAAUAUCCAUUUCUCACGCGUAAAUGGGACGCAGAUGAAGACGUUGAUAAAAAACACUGGAGUAAAUUCGAAUCAUUUUGCCAGUACGCUAAGUCUUUUAAUUCCGAUACAUUUGACUAUGAAGCACUGAAAGGGACUGACUUCGUCUUCAUGAGAUGGAAGGAACAUUUUCUAGUUCCUGAUCAUACUAUAAAGGACAUUAAUGGGGCAUCUUUUGCGGGAUUUUAUUACAUAUGCUUUGAAAAAUCUGCCGCUUCGAUCGAGGGGUAUUAUUACCAUCGCAGUUCCGAGUGGUAUCAAUCAUUGUACCUCAGACACGUACCAGAACACAGUAUACAAAUCUACGAGUUCAGGUGAAAUAAAUGCCCGCGGCUCGAUCCAUGGCAAUUACCCUCUAUUGCUUUACGUCUUCUUAACUGAAACAAACAGAUCUCAAAAUUACAGCAUACUAGAACCCAGAAUUUCAAUUGAAACAUGACGUAAAUAUCAUCAGCAUUGAUUUUUAAUUUCUCCAAUAUAGAAUAUCGACAAAUCGUGAUAGUCUUGGGGAAUUGAGUGCCUCAAUAUUGCGUGAUAAGCUUGUUUAUAGUGUACGAUGAUUAAUUGUAAAAAAAAAGAACAACAAUAAUAAUUUUUGAAUUGUAAAAUCUUAGGUGUAUCAUUAAAUUGUAAAUUAACAUCAUUGGGUUUAUUUGUUGUACACUCAAACGCAGAACAAAUUUACAAUUGCGUUAGUAAUUGACUUCAUUGUAAAAUCGGCAUACUGAUAUUCUAAAUGUGAGAUCUGUUUGCUUGAAAAUUUUAUUCAAAGACUUGAGUGUGAAUGGGUUUGGUGCGCAAUGUAUGUUGAAAACCUGCUAGAAUAUGUUGAAAAUUUUGAGUGUAGUAAAGAGACAAAACGAAUAAUAUAUAAUUAUUGCUAUUU